AUGCGACAACAACACGCGCUGCUUCUACCAACAUCACAACCUCUCAACUCUUCAUCCCUACGUCGUGCAUCGCCCCCCAUCUUACCUCGACAGCCCUGCGCCGCGCAGCCCCCAGAACCAGAACGAGAACGCGGCCAGUUUGGGAUAACCUCAACCUCACCCCCAUCCUCCCACGCCGGCAUGAUGAACGGCCGUCAUCUGCCGGCAGGGCAAGUCAUGCCGUCAGAUAUGGGCAGGAGGAGACCGUAUAACCAGAGCCAGCAUCACCACAACAACCACAAUCAGCAACCUUAUCCUCCAGGUCCUGGGCCGCAAAUGUAUAAUCCAUAUGCGAAUCCGUACAACGCGAAUUUCUAUCCACAACACCAGCAAAUGCCCCCCCAAUACCACAAUACCGGUAUGCCUCACCAGCAGUACGGUCCAUAUCCUCCAUAUAUUCAAUCUCCACCUCCGCCCCCGAUGCAACAUUUCCCCCGUCCACCAAUCCCCCAACAACAGUCGUAUCCUCCACGGCCGCAACAAUCGCCCGUUGUCGCAAGCUCAUAUCAAGCGCCGCCUCCUCCACAGACCCCUUCCUCUACACAAUCGACGCACACCGUUCCUCGACCUAUGACCCCCCCAACACCCCAGCCAGCUCUGAGUGUGGCACCUACAUCACCUCCUCAAGCACCCCCAGCUCCACCCCCACGCCAGCCGUUUCGGGCACCAUUACCUUGGUUUUCGAGACCUGACCUUCCAUGGCCGACCAAGCGAUCUAGAAGAAGAAGAAAACAUACGUCAGAACUUCCAGCCGAAUCCGUAAAGCUCCCUCGGAAUCCAUUGGGGAAAAUGUUGAAUAUCGAAGAAACCUCCUCAGCCGAAACAUCAGACGCAGCUAUUCCUCGUCCCGAGACACCAUCUACAAACCACCCCCAAUCCGAAGGAACCAGCUCAACCACCCCCACAACUCCAUCCUCGAUACAACAGACGUCCACUACAGCUGAUGAGGAGAUCACACCCUUGGCCGCAAAACCAACGAGGAAUCCUACCGUUCCCGCCGUACCAAUUAUAUCUGCAUUGCCUAAAUCCGCACCUCGAGAUACAUCAAAGCAAGCUACUCACAAAGCCCCCGAGGAAGUUCAAUCAGAACACCCAACGGUAGAAAGCACACAGGAGGAUACCCAAACUGGGAAUAAUCAAGGCCCGACAGAGGAGACAGUGGUGGAAUCUCCUCAAGCCUGGAAAACCCCAAAGCUUUGGACUGGUCUUUUCAACCCCAAUGCUUCUGCAAAUGCACAUCCCACGAGUGGAUCAGGAGCUGAAGCUGUCUCUGGAAACUCCAAGUCCAAUGCGGAAUCUCUGGUUGAGGCAUUGCGUACUUUCAGUGCUGUUUCUAAUGAUACCAAAGUAUCUUUUUUGGAGCCCCGAGGAUUGGUCAACACUGGCAAUAUGUGCUAUAUGAAUUCUGUAUUGCAAGUUCUCGUUUUCUGCGAUCCUUUCUUUACAUUUCUCAACCAGGUUGGCAAGCAGACAACAUAUAGUUUCAAGAGCGAAACUCCACUGAUUGAUGCCAUGAUCAUGUUCAUGCGAGAAUUUCCCAUCAUUGACUCUGCAACCUCAGUCGAGCAAUUGAAGCUGCGGCUCAAGGAGGGAGAACUUGAACAAUAUGGCGAGCCCUUCACCCCCGAUUUCGUCUACGAUGUCAUUAAGAGAUUGCCAAGAUUCUCGAGCAUGAGACGAGGUCAUCAACAAGAUGCCGAGGAGUUUCUUGGCUUUCUACUUGAAGGACUUCACGAUGAAUGCGUACAGGUUAUGCGAGCUAGUACAUCGAAUACGACUUCAGCUAUUGCAACCCCUACCAACGGCCCAUCGUCUCCUACGAGCGAUACUGGCAGUAUUGCAGGAUCAGUUUCGGGCAAGGAGAAUGGUUGGCUGGAGGUUGGCCCAAAACAAAAGGCUGCAAUUACGAGGUCUUCUGGUACCAUUGUCACUGGUUCUCCGAUUACCAAGAUUUUUGGCGGCAAUCUCAGAUCUGAACUUCGAGUUCCAGGUUUGAAAGAUUCCGUUACUCUCGAGCCAUACCAGCCUUUACAACUUGACAUUGGCGCGCCCAACGUCAACAAUAUCAUCGAUGCGCUGAAGGGUCUCACCCGAUCCGAGGCAUUGCAUGGAGACUUCAAAUCACCCAAAGGACCGAACAUCACUGCUACGAAGCAAGUAUUCAUCGAGACAUUACCACCUGUUCUCAUUCUGCAUCUGAAGCGAUUCCAAUACGACAACGCCGGUGGAACGCAAAAGAUAUGGAAGAAGGUGGGCUAUCCCCUGGAGCUUGAGAUCCCCAAGGAGGUCUUUCCACGACAGAAGCGAGGCGUAUAUGCUCAUGGUGGACUCCCCAAAUAUCGCCUGAUUGCAGUAGUCUACCACCACGGCAAGAACGCAAGUGGCGGUCAUUAUACGGUGGAUGUUAGAAGGCAAGAUGGGCGUGAGUGGAUUCGACUUGACGAUACAGUGAUUAGAAGAGUCAGGAGUGAGGAUGUUGCUGAGGGUGGAAGUGAGGAGGAUCCAAAGGUACUCGCUGCUGCACUGGAAGCCCAAAAAAAGGACACCCCAUCAUCAGGCAACAUGUUCUCUUCAAUCAAUGAUGAAGAAGAGUCGACCCUGAAUGACGGGUGGAAGCAGGCAAGCGGGCCAGGUAAGAAAUGGUCGAAUGUAGUCAACGGUACCUCUACCUCUACCUCGACGCCUAAGACUAAGAGUGAGAAAUUCUCGGUCAAGGACAACAAGGUUGCUUACCUGUUGUUCUAUCAGAAGAUAUGA